AUGGAGAACAAUCCUCAAGUCUAUACUCCUCAAACACAGCAAAACAAUAUAGUACCAGUCAUAUAUUUUACCGCAGAAAACCUAAAUCCAGGUACAGGUUCUUGGUUUUCUACUUGCAAAGCUGUGAGGGAAGCCCUGGAGGAGUUUAGCUGCUUCGUCGCAGUUUAUGACAAAGUUGAACCUGAGUUCAUUAGUGAUGCUUUUGCAUCUUUUAAGGAGCUGUUUAACCUCCCCAUGGAGACAAAAUUGCUUAACACUAUUCCUGAUAGGCCAGCUUUUGGCUAUAUAAGACCAAGGCCUGAAACCCCUGUUCAUGAAACCGUUGGUAUUGAAGAUUCAACAACCAUUGGAGCAGUUCAAAGCUUUGCAAAUGUCAUCUGGCCUUCAGGAAAUGAUCAUUUCUGUGAAACAAUACACUCCUACACAAAACAAGUAUCAGAGGUGAACAGGUUGGUGAGCAGAAUGAUAUUUGAAAGCUAUGGUGUUGGUAAGUACAGCGACUCUCACAUAGAAUCAACAUCUUAUCUCCUCAGAGCCAAUGCUUAUAGAGUUCCCCAUGAGAAGGAGCCAAAUCUUGGAAUUAUUCCUCAUACUGACACAAGUUUUGUGAGUGUUGUUAAGCAAGAUAGUGUUCAAGGGUUACAGGUUCAAUUAAAGGACGGUACAUGGAUUCCUGUUCAUUUGCCACAAUCUUCCUUUGCAGUCAUGGCAGGUGAUGCCAUGCUGGCAUGGAGCAAUGGCAGAGUACAUCCUUGUUUUCACAGAGUUAUAAUGAAAGAAAAAGCAAGAUUUUCUAUUGCACUGUUCUCCUUCCACAAAGGAGUUGUUCAAGUACCAAAAGAGCUUGCUGAUGAUAACUACCCACUACGAUUUAAAUCUUUUGAUCAUUUUGGUUUAUUAAAUUUCCGUUUGAAGAAUCCAGCUCUAUCUUGUCAGGAAAGAGUCAAAGCCUAUUGCGGUAUAAAGGAUGCAUGGGAGAGUAUUAAUUCCUGUGUUGGUUCCCAGACUCAACCAAAUUAAUUUAGGCUUUUGUUUCAAAUGAACUAUCAACUAUUAGGGUUUGUA